AUGUUCAUUUACGUUAGAUGUGAGGAAAAAAAUGUUAAAACUGAAUGUAAACCAACUGAUGAUAUUAAGGAACUUAGAAAUAAAAUAGCAGAAAGAUUAGGAAUGAAAUAUUCACCAGAGAAGCAAAGACUAUUUUUUGGUGGAAAACAGCUCGAAAACGGUCAUACACUCUUUCAUUAUGGAAUCAAAAACACUAACACCGUGUUACUUUUUCAGCAAGAUCCGAUUAAACAAAAAGUAACUAAACUUGAUAACAAUAUUUCUGUUAAAAUACCUAUCGUAGCAAUAGUAGAAGAAACAAUACCACCAGUACCAUUAUCAAAUCAGAACAAUGUUUUUGAAGGAUUUGAAAGAUUUGAAGAAUUUGGAGAAUUUGGAGGAUUUGAGGAUUAUUUUUAUUGUGAUAAAUGUAAUAAUAAUAAAAAAAAAAAAUGUAAGGAUUGUGGAUGCAAUGUUUGUGGAGGUAAAGGCGAAGAAGAAUCUACUGUUGUUUGUGAUGAAUGUCAAUACUAUUUUCAUUUUAGGUGCUUAAAACCUCGAAUGACAUCACUUCCUAAAGAUGAUUGGUUUUGUGACGUGUGUAAAAAUGAUAACAGUAAAGUAAUUUUGGCAGGACAGAAAUUGGAUUUAACUAAUUCAAAAAAAUCAAAAAUGCAUUCUGCUACUCAGACAAAAAAAUGGGGAGGUGGUAUGGCUUGUGUUGGUUUAACCAAAAAAUGUGAAAUUGUUGGUCCUGACCAUUUUGGACCAAUACCUGGAAUUCCUGUUGGCUCAUCUUGGAAGUAUCGUAUAAGUUGUUCUGAAUCUGGAGUACAUCGUCCACCAGUUUCGGGUAUAGCAGGAAAAGCACGUGUAGGUGCUGUUUCAAUUGUUCUUGGAGGUGGGUAUCCUGAAGACAAAGAUAAUGGUGAAGAGUUCACAUAUACUGGCAGUGGUGGGAGAGAUUUGAAAACUGGUAAUAAACGAACUGCUGAGCAAUCAAGUGAUCAAGAACUUACAAAACAAAAUGAAGCACUUGCAUUAACAUGUGACGCACCAAUUAAUAAAAAUGAAGGUGCUGAAGCAAAAGAUUGGACAAAAAGUAAACCAAUUAGAGUUUGUCGUACAGAUAAAUUGAAAAAACAUAAUCCACAAUAUGCACCUGAUGAAGGAGUUCGUUAUGAUGGAAUCUACAAAGUAGUCAAGUAUUGGCCUGAAAAAGGAACAUCUGGUUUUAUUGUUUGGAGAUUUUUUAUGCGACGUGACGACACUGAACCAGCUCCUUGGACUCCGAAAGGAAUGAAAAGAAUAAUAGAUUUAGGAUUAAAAAUGUAUAUGCCAGAGGAAUGUAAAGAUAAUAGAAAGCAUAGUUUAACAACUGAAGAAAUUUCUGGCAAAAGUUCCUUGUCAACAUCAAAAAAUAAGAAAGCUAGGAAAGCUUCAAGCUACAAGUUGCCCAGUGAUACUUUGAAAUUGAUAAAGAAAGAUAUAUUGAACAAACGUGUUUGGAACACUGUAUUGAGAUCAGAAUAUGAAACUUUAGCUGAUUUGAUUUCAAGUCUUGUUGAAAAACAUUUCAAAUGUCCAGUAUGUCAUGAGCUGUUAGAGGAUCCUGUGACUACACCAUGCACACAUAGUAUUUGUAAUGAAUGCAUAAAACAAUCUGUAAAAUAUUAUGGUAAAAAGUGUCCAGAAUGUCGAACAAAAUUCAAGGAAGAUUUAGAAUGUUCCAAGAAUCAAAAUUUGGUUGAUGCAUUAAAAAGUAUUAUACCUACUUACGGUCUCUAA